CAGUCGGCUUGUUUUCCUCCAAACGGAGCUGCUCCUCUAUUUUUUUAGAGCUUCAAACCGUACAAGAGCAAGUUGUUUUCGUGUCAGACACGAUGGACGUCCUUGCUCCCUCCAGACGGAUUCAAACCAGCAAGAAAGGGAACAAGGAGAACACUCAGCCUGCUCAUGGAACCAGGAGCUUCUCGAAAAAAGACAAGACAUCUGCAGCUCCUUUCCAACCAAAGGGCAACAAAAAAGAGGACAUCUUUUCCACAAAUGACGCUUUGAAGACUAAAGAAAAGCCAUCUGAUCCGAAGUCAGAGUCCAGUGUGACUCUGAAAAAGGUCACAGCCGUGCAGAGAAAUGGAAAAGGAGGCUCCGCCGCUGAUAUCCAGCGACAAACACAUAGCCGAGCCUUCACCAAUGAGCAGGCUGCAAAGCUCAAAAAAAUAUCUGCAGAAGCUCCAAAGCCGCCGACUGCUGUCGCUCCAGUGAAAGCUGCUCCGGGACUGUACAAAGGCAGAAUUAUCCAGUCCAAGAUCGGAUCCAUUUGGAAGUCCAGUUCCAACCUGAGUGCUCCGGAUCCGAAGGCAUCAGCAGCCAGAACCGAGAGCGAGCGGGUCGGGAAUGUGGCCAAGAGCAGGUCCAAAUCUGUUUCUGAGGUUACGGCGCGGGGAACUCGGCAGCCUGCGGUGGCGAGGUCCAAGUCCGCGUUUGAUAAACGCACUCAGGUGACCAAGCCGACCGCCAGCAGCCGUCCUCCUGCGGCGUUCUCCUCGGCUCGACCCGCCGCCAGCAGCCGUCCUCCUGCGGCGUUCUCCUCAGCUCGACCCGCCGCCACCAGCCGUCCUCCUGCGGCGUUCUCCUCAGCUCGACCCGCCGCCACCAGCCGUCCUCCUGCGGCGUUCUCCUCAGCUCGACCUCCUGCUAGAACCAUGCCAGCCACCAAACCAAAGGUCAGCAAGCCUGCUGCCUCCAGCAGCCUCACUCAGUACAGACUCACCAUGGAGACCGCCGAGGAGAGGAGGGCGAAACUGGCUGAGUGGCUAGCCUCUAAAGGGAAGAUUUUCAAAAGACCGGCCAUGGCUGCAUCUGCAGCUCCCGCCAAAAACAAGCCUGCUGCUCAGCCUGGAGGCCAUCCGAAGCCUCAGAGCAGGAGCGGCGAUGAGGCACAUGGGGGGUGUGGACCUGCACUCAGCCUGGACGCACGCGUCCUGGACUGUGCUGCUCCACCUGCUGCUCACUGUGCAGACACACAGGAAGCAGAGCUCCCGGCGCCCAGCCGAACGCCGCUCGUCAUGGAGACGUCUCUGCAGCUGCUGGAAGUCUCAGAACUCGACCCACUCGAAGGAGUGGAAGAUAUUGUUGUGAAUCUGUGCUACGCCCUGGAAGCAAUGGAAACGCCAUCAGCAUGCAGUGACGACUGCACACAGCUGACGGACGAGCGCAACGACGCUGAGGCAGAGAGCAGUAAACCAGAGGAAGAAAGGUCUGAGGAUGUGAAGAAGGAAGAAGAAGAAAGUGAUGAGGAGGACACAGGAAGUGAAGAGGAAGGUGUGGUAGAGUCGCCGCCGCAGGCGGAGGACGCCUCGGUGAUCAAAUACAGCAUCAAGACCACUCCGUACCUGCAGCAUGUCAAGAAGACCCUGGAGGACGAGGCGGGCGCCAGCUCGUCCAGGAAGAGGAUCAACAUCGGCGACCUGAAGCUGGUGACCCCGGUGAGGCGCUCCUCCCGCAUCGAGCGGCGGUCGUCGCGUCUGCCGGCGAUGCUGCUGGAUCACGACCCCAGCGUGUCGACGCUGGCCGAGCUGGUGAAGAUGGACGACGACCGCAACGCCUUCAUCUGCAGGAGGAACGCGGCGCUGUUGGAGGAGCUGCCCGGCGAGGGACCCUGAGCCCGAGGCUGCAGCACUGCUCAGAGAAAGGAACUGAAUGUUCAUGGACACUUUUAAAAAAAGAUUUCAUCAUUACUCUAACAUUAUUCUAUCCUAAUCUGUUGGUGGAUGUCUGUGUUUAUAUAUGUUUCCAAUUCUGCUAACACUGAAAUUUUAAGUUGACUGUUGUGCACA